AUGGCAAUGGUAGUGGGCGCCUGGCGAGACCCGCAGGACGAGGUGACCGGCCCGCAAGGGACGCAGCCUUCGCAAGCCCCCCCUGUGCCGGGAGCCCCGACGGGCGCCCCCCACACCCCGCAGACGCCGGGCCAAGGAGGGCCCCCCAGCACCCCGGUGCAGACCAACCCGGGCAGCCAGCAACCUCAAGGGGAGAAGCAGCAGCAGCAGCAGCACAUCGAAUGCGUGGUGUGCGGGGAUAAGUCCAGCGGCAAACACUACGGGCAAUUCACGUGCGAAGGCUGCAAGAGUUUCUUCAAGCGCAGCGUCCGGAGGAACCUUAGCUACACGUGCCGCGCCAACCGGAACUGCCCCAUUGACCAGCAUCACCGCAACCAGUGCCAAUAUUGUCGCCUCAAGAAAUGCCUGAAAGUUGGCAUGAGACGGGAAGCCGUCCAGAGGGGCAGAAUGCCACCCACACAGCCGACCCACGGCCAGUUCGCCUUAACCAACGGGGACCCGCUGAACUGCCACUCGUACCUCUCCGGAUAUAUUUCGCUCUUGCUGCGGGCCGAGCCUUACCCGACCUCUCGCUUCGGCAGCCAGUGCAUGCAGCCCAACAACAUCAUGGGGAUCGAGAACAUUUGCGAGCUGGCCGCCCGGAUGCUUUUCAGCGCGGUGGAAUGGGCUCGGAACAUUCCCUUCUUCCCCGACCUGCAGAUCACCGACCAGGUGGCCCUCCUGCGGCUCACCUGGAGCGAGUUGUUCGUCCUCAACGCCGCCCAGUGCUCCAUGCCCCUCCACGUCGCCCCGCUCUUGGCCGCCGCCGGCCUCCACGCCUCGCCCAUGUCCGCCGACCGCGUGGUCGCCUUUAUGGACCACAUACGCAUCUUCCAGGAGCAGGUGGAGAAGCUCAAAGCCCUGCACGUGGACUCGGCGGAAUACAGCUGCUUGAAGGCCAUUGUCCUCUUCACCUCAGAUGCGUGUGGUCUAUCGGACGUAGCGCACGUGGAAAGUUUACAGGAGAAGUCCCAAUGCGCCCUGGAGGAGUACGUGAGGAGUCAGUAUCCUAACCAGCCCACCCGUUUUGGGAAACUGUUGUUACGCCUCCCUUCUCUUCGCACCGUCUCUUCCUCGGUCAUAGAGCAAUUGUUUUUCGUCCGUUUGGUAGGUAAAACCCCCAUAGAGACCCUUAUCAGAGAUAUGCUACUAUCUGGAAGCAGUUUUAACUGGCCGUAUAUGGCCAUCCAGUAAAGGAGGAGAA